GGGGAGAAGGGGCGGGGCGGGGAGCGGAGCUCUGGGCUCCGCCCGCUCCCGGCGCCUCCCAGACCUACGGGGGCGGCCGCUCUUCCCGCCCAGCUCCUCUCUAUGGUCGCAGGUCCUAGCUCCCGCCCCCACGCCCGUUAGUCACGUGGGCAGCGGUUUCCGGCGGGGACUCGCCGCAGCGGGAGGCGGCGGACGGUCGCCGCGCGGGUCGAACUUCAAAAUGACUAAAAAGAGGAAACACCAAGAGGAUUUUCAAAAGGUGAAGCUAAAAGUUGGAAAAAAGAAGCCUAGACUAGAAAAUGCAACUGAUACAAACUUCAAAACAAAGGCCAUAUAUCUUCCUGAACAGCUUAAAGAGGAUGGAAUACUUCCCACAAACAAUAGAAAACUUAGCAUAAAGGAUCUGCUUUCACAGAUGCAUCACUAUAGUGCUGGAGUUAAGCAAAGUGCUCUUCUUGGGCUCAAAGAACUGCUGUCCCAGUAUCCGUUUAUUAUUGAUGCACACCUUUCAAAUAUACUAAGUGAGGUGGCGGCUGUGUUUACAGACAAGGACUCUGGUGUCAGAGUAGCGGCAAUCCGGCUCCUUCAAUUCUUGGCUCCAAAAAUCCGAGCUGAGCAGAUUGCUCCAUUUUUUCCUUUGGUAAGUGCCCACCUCUCCAGUGCCAUGACUCACAUCAGUGAAGGAAUACAAGAGGAUUCUUUAAAGGUCUUGGACAUCUUGUUGGAAGAGUACCCAGUCCUCCUUACUAAUCGCUGUAGUAUAUUGCUGAAGAAUUUUGUAGAGCUUAUUUCUCACCAGCAGUUGUCAAAAAACCUGAAAAGUAGAGAGAAAAUAUCCUGGAUGCUGUCUGUUAACCCUAACCGCAGAAUAACUUCACAGCAAUGGAGGCUGAAUGUACUGAUCAGAUUCAAGAAAUUUCUCCAAGCAUUGGUAGAUGGUUCCAGUGGAUCAGAAGAUGAUGAAGGAAUCCAGGAGCAAAAGGAGAACUCCCAGUUCAUGAGGAACUCAGUAUGUAUAAGCUGGAAGGAGCAUGCCAGCAAUCAGCAGCACAUCCAGCUAUAUGAAAAUGGUGGGUCACAACCACGGAUCAAUUCAGCAUUCAGACUAAGGUCCCUGGUAAGCGUGACAGACAGUGUGGAAAAAGGCCUGUCUUCUGCUGAAAAUUUAAAAGGGUUUAUUGAGAUAAUAAUUCCAUUAUUGAUUGAGUGCUGGAUUGAAGCGUCUCCUGCACAACUUGCUGCUCCCAUUCUUGGAAAUCUUUUGGAACCUGAAUCUCAACAGCUAAUGCAGCAAGUGCUUAGUAUCAUAUACUUGCUGUGGAAACUCACAAAGCAACAUGAUGAAACACACAAAAUGGAGGCAUGGCUUCGAAUGAAUUACCUUGUUGAUUUCAAGCAUCACUUCAUGCGUCAUUUUCCUUAUUCUUUACAAGAAACAAUUAAGCACAAAAAGAGAGAUCCAUACAAAAGCACCAAGUACUGUAUGAUGUCGUCAAACAGCGUAGACCAUCUUUUAUUGAAUCUAACCCUGUGUGACAUUAUGGUUUCACUGGCAAGUGCUUCAACACUUCAAAUGGAUUCUGACUGGCUGGGUAUGAUAAGAAAGUUUGUGACUGAAACCCUUCAGGAUGGUUGCAGAUUGAACUGCAAGCAGUUGAACAGAUUGCUUGGAGUGACAUGGAGACUAAUGCAAAUACAACGAAACAAAGUGGCAACAGAGACUUUGAUAAAAGCAGUAUAUACACUGUACCAGCAGAGGAAUCUCCUCUUUCCUGUUCGUAUGUUGCUUUUGAAAUUUUUUAGCAGGGUUUAUCAGAAAGAAGAAUUGAGCACUCAAAGAAUCAGAAGCCGAAGUAAAGUUUUAUCUCGUUGGCUGGCUGGCCUACCUCAGCAGCUUGCUCUGCUUGGCUCAAGAAAGCCUGAGCUUUCAAACCAGUUGAUUGAGACCAUUCAUUCUGCUGCAUCUCAUUCAAACAAGGAAUUGUUACAAAGUUUGCAAGCCACUGCUUCUCGAAUUUAUGAUCCACUAGAUGGCACUCUGGUUCUUCUUCCAGCAGAGUCACAGCAACGUUUAGUGCAGCUUGUAUACUUUCUACCAUGUCUACCAACCGACUUACUUUCUUCUCUAAGUCGCUGCUGCAUUAUGGGAAGAAUGUCUUCAGAUCUAGCUGCCACCCUCAUUGGGAUACUGCAUGUGAGAUCUUCCUUUGCUGGAUGGAAAUGCCAAGUGCAGGACAGUUCAGUGAACGAUGUGGACUACUUCAGCUUCUUGUUUUCAACACUUACAGGAUUCUCUAAAGAGGAGUUGACUAGCCUUCAGAGCAUUAAAGGAAAACCUCACAUUAGUCAGACACAGCUUUCACCUGUCCAUCUCUACCUGACUGAUCUGGACCAAUUUUUACACCACUGGGCUGUGACAGAGGUGGUAUGUCACAGCUUAUCCACUAUACCUUCACGAAGUCAGUGUUUUGACAUCCUCCAGAACGGUAUCUGUAAAUAUCUGGUUGGACUGGCUGUAAUACCUGAUAGCACAGCUGGAUCUGUUUUGUGUGCCAUGAGUAAGCUCCUGGAUCAAGCUUGCAUCCUUAGUGAAAAUCUACACAAGUUUCUAGCCUCUUGCUGUUAUAGUCUACUUUACUUCCUGUUAACUUUAGACAAAGAGGAUGCAGAACAUGUGCGGAAGAGGGACAUGUUAUGGGGAUCGUGUAUUUCAGUGCUAGCUCUCGUGCCACGAGUGUUUAGGUUGAUGCUGCAGAGUCUUCAAGUGAGCAGGGCCUGUCGGGAAGAACUGCCUGUCAUUGGUCAGUUGUUGCGUUUGCUAAUGCAGCAUGGACAGCUCAGGAGUCACAUGGUGACAAGUGAACUUCUUGUGCAACAGAUUGUCAAGGAUAUUAUGACAUUGAAGAGUGGUGAAGUCCAAGAGCAAUGGCUAACAGACCUCCAUUACUGUUUCAACAUAUAUCUUGCCACACAUCCACAGGGACCUGGUGCUAUUAGCACAGAAUAUUGAAGAGAUGAACAUUCUACAUCUGCUUUCAAGUGUUUACUUCCAUUUAAUUCUGAAAGGAAAAUGUUGGGCCAUUGUUUGUUA